UUUUUUUUCUUUGCAGCGGAGCCAUAAACACAGUGAUCACCAUGUCCAGACGCAGCGGUCGCAUCACACUUCAAGCCAGAGAUUCAAACACACCUGAGCCAACCAUCAAAGUCCCGCUGAAGAAGAGGAAGUCAGAGCCUUCUAAGAAGAAACUACAACCUGCUGCAAAGAAACAAAACUAUGAAAUACAGAAGUGUUGGUCGGACGAUGGAGCGAGUCCGUGCGUUCUCAUCGAAACUCCCCACAAAGAGAUGGAACCGGCAGACCCGUCCAGCUUCAAACAGUACAGAUUCAAGAACCUCUUCAUCAAGGCCUCCCCCAUUCCUCGCCUCAGCUGGGCCAGUUCAGACGACGUGUGGAUCAAGAUGCUCAACAAGGAGCUGAAGUACGUUCACGACAAGAGCUACCUGCAGCAGCAUCCCAAACUGCAGCCCAAGAUGAGGGCGAUCCUGCUGGACUGGCUGCUUGAGGUGAGUGAGGUGUACAGCCUCCACAGGCAGACGGCGUACCUCGCUCAGGACUACUUCGACCGCUUCAUGCUCACUCAGGAGAACGUCAACAAAGACUACCUGCAGCUCAUCGGCAUCACUGCGCUCUUCAUCGCCUCGAAGAUAGAGGAAAUCUACCCUCCCAAAAUCUACGAGUUUGCCUACGUCACAGAUGGAGCCUGUGACAUGUGGGACAUUCAGCGCACGGAGCUUCACCUACUGAAGGCGUUGGAGUGGAACCUGUGUCCCGAGACGCCCAUCUCCUGGUUGAAGCUGUACGCUCAGGUUGAAGCCCAAAAAGAUGAAGAAAACUUCCUGGAGCCACAGUUCUCCCAGGAAACGUACAUCCAGAUCACACAGCUCCUGGACUUGUGUAUAAUGGACAUCAGCUCGUUGGACUUCAGCUACAGCGUUCUUGCUGCAGCCGCCUUCUGCCACUUCUCCACCUUCGAUGUUGUUCAUAAAGUCUCAGGUCUGACGUGGGAAAGCGUGUCCUCCUGUGUCCGGUGGAUGAGUCCCUUCAUGGACACGCUGCGAUCUGAAGCCAAACCUCAACUCAAGAACUUCCCCAGAGUCAAAGCUGACGACAGACACAACAUCCAGACACACGUGGCGUAUCUGGACCUGCUGAGAAAAGCUCAGGAGCGUCAGGUCGACAGCACCAACGUUCAGCUUUCCCCUGUAGCUCCGGGACUGAUCCUGACGCCACCCAGCAGCACCGAGAAACCUGCCAAUCCUUGAGCAAGUCCACAACGUCGACGACCUCUCCACAGUCCAACCCGGAUAGCCGACCUCUCCGACCUCAGCAGCUGAAUGAGAUGAAUGUUUGGCUUUUUAAAUGUUUUUUUUUUAAACACUAAUGAUUCCUGUCAGUCUUUAUGUUUUGGUUCCAUAAAACUGCUCAUAUGGAGAUGGCCAGGAAUUGUGGUUCUUGGCAGGUAAACGUUUUUUACUUUUAUGUUUUUUUGCUUCUUUGACAAAGCAAAUGUUUUGCCUGAGUGGCUCCACUGAUGUCAGGUGGAGAAGCUGGUGGGGACGCCAGCUGUUCAGGCUUUCGUCUUCUUUUAAUGAACAGGUUUCGGUUUGAGAGGAAACUGAUCAUUUUGUGCCUGUGAGGUAUUACCCGAGUUUCACUGGUGCUAUUCUUCAAAUCGAGGCUUAAACGCUUCCAGAUGGUGCUUCAGUCAGAUUCUCAGGAAAAUGGAAAUGUGUAGUUUUCUAUAUUCUAUUACAGUGAAUAUGACAUUCCACUCUGAACAGGUGAAUUUAAAAGUUUAAUUGUUUUAUGUCGACCUCCCCCGUCUUAUUAAAUGUACCCUCGUGCAGAUUUGCGUCUGCGGUAUCGCCAGAGGAACAAACACCCUGAUGGACUACAGACACUGUUCAUAGCCACGUGAGCCAUAGGACCGUCAGCUGAUCUGCUUCGACACCUGCUGGUGUUCUGAACGCACCUUUUGUGGCUCAAUAAUCGUCGUUAAUUUUGUGUUUUGUUGCAACCUGGUUGCACGCUGAUGUUACAUUCCUGGGAAACUUGAUAAUUGUGCAAAGUUAUUUUUUUUCUUUUUCAUUUUUAAGUGCUUAUAUUUAUUGGUAAGCCUUAGUAUGUACAGGAAAGAAAAAAAAAAAGAAAAGUGUGUUCAUAUGUAAAAUCUGUCUGUGAUGAAUGAGCUCAGUUUGAUCACUGCCAAAGGCAAAAAAAAAAAAGCUAUUUAUGACUUCGCUCUGUGACACCCGUCGUUGACUUACAGUUCCUCAUUAAAUGUUGUACACUAGCCUGUCCUUUCUUAGUGCCUUCGAAAAGAGAAGAUUAACUGUACGGCGACUUAAUUUAAGCUGGAGCGAGCCGAGAGGCCGAUACCGAGCAAACCUGUGACUGUAACCCUCUGCAGUGAGCUACCAACCAUGUAAACUGUGUAGAUGUUAAAGGAUGUACGUUUUUGUAAAUAGAGCAAUUCAGAAAUGUGUAAUUUUUCUUUUAUAUUGGAAUGUUUUAAAUAAAUUGGUAAGAUGAGA